GAGGGAGAGAAAUCAGCGAAAGCGUGUGGUGCUGCACUGCACCAACUGGUGUCCUCGCAUAACCGAGCUGUCCCCCCGGCCUAAACCUAAACUACUGUCUCAGGAAUUCAGAUCAGAUGCCGGCCCUCCGCUCCUCAUUUGUCUAGUAGUACUAACCGAUGGCUAAGUAAACCAUGCCUCGCCAGCUAGCUAAUCCAUGGCAGAGUCAGUUUAACCACUGCGCGCAGCUCACCCUGCAUCUUCUUCCCGCUUUCACCACCUACCCCUAACAGAGCGACGCGAAGUUAUUAUCGUCGUGCCACCAUAAGCGCGGCCUCGCGCCAACAAGAACCUCGGCCUCGGGAGGCAGCAGUAGCACCGCCGGGGGAGGCGCAGCGCAGCGCAACGGCCGGCGCCGGGACGAGAGAUCCUCGAAUGUACAUGACAAGGAAACUUUUCCGUCCAGCUGACCCCUCUCUGAUCUCGCCACCGAAGCGCACGCUGGACACCCGUGGUUGGUGGCACCAUGCUGCAGUACCUGGACUUCUCGCACGCCAGCACCUCAAGGAAGUGGGCGCACAGGAGACAGGGCGACGGACUUGAAGCUCCAAGGAACAGCAUGGAGUUCGCUUUGGAGGCUUCCCACAGCUAUGGCGUGUUUCAGGAAGAUGUUCCGCACUAUCCCUGCAAUAUGAGGCAGUACCCAAAAUCAGGGCUCAACCACAGCUUUAACCCAGUCAAGAAGCUGAUCCAGGAGGACAUCUCGUUCCGAACGAAUGAAGUCCAGAAGAGGCCCGGCGGCGUCAUCGCCAGACUGAUGGGCAUGGAAUCGCCUCCACUGAACGCAGCUACUGAAUCCAUCAGUCGUUCGGAGAUCACCCCGAGACCAACAAUGCCAAGAAGAGAUCCUCCUGAAAGGGAGACCUCAGCCAAGCAUGUCUCCUUCGUGCAGCACGGCAACAGGGACUCCACCAAGCAGGCGUCAAAGCAGGAGAUCCGAGCCUAUGGCGAGGAGAGGGACGUGUUUGGGCAGCAGAACAAGAGGGGCAACGAGUGGAGUAAGCCGCAGCCGCGGGAGCACCCGCAGGAGGAGGAGCUGCAGAAGUUCAAGAAGGAGUUCGAGGCGUGGCAGGCGAGCAGGGCGUGGGAGCACUCGAGAAGCUUCGAGCUGGAGAGUAGCACCCUCGGCGACGACGAUGACGACGGCAGGUGCACGGACAUCGUGCCGUACAGGUACCAGCACCACCACCACCACCACCACAAGGGGAAAGAUGCCAGCCAUGGCGGCAAGCACAUACGCUCCUCCAACGAGGACGUGCAUUGUUGGAGAAGAAGCAGCAAGGAGAGCGGCACGUCCAUCUCCGGGAGCCGUACGUUCUCUCUGACGACCAGCGCAGACGCCGCCGCCUGCUCCACGAGGCUGCCGCUCUCCAGGUUCUACCACGAGGAGGAGAGGUCGCUGUCGCCGACGAGGAUCGUGAUCCUCAAGCCCUGCCCCGAGCUGAGCGCGGACGACGUCGAGGAGUCCUCGCUCGGGUCGCCGGAGCUGGUGAAGAAGGAGAACAACAUGGAGGCCUUCCUGGAGGAGGUCAAGAAGAGGCUCAAGAUCGAGCUCGAGGGCGGGGUGGCCUCCGACGACAAGGCGGACCGCCGUUGGUUCGCCGCCGCAGCCGCCGCCGACGUUAUUCCGGCCGACCCGAAGCAGAUCGCGCGGAGCAUCGCCAACCAGAUCAGGGAGAACGUCACGAGGGACAUGCACCCGGCGCUGCUGCGGUCGGAGUCCACGCGCUCGUACCGCAGCGACGUGCCGUUCGACGGGCAGGGACAGAUGGAUUACAUCGGCCGAGACGCCAGGAGGCAGCUCUCCGACAGGCUCAAGAACGUGCUGAGGAGGGACCCGCCGGACGCCGAGACGCCCUUCUCGUUCUCCCACCGGAGAAGGGCCACCUCGACGUCGUUCGACGAGGAGCCAACGAGGCCCAAGCCGACGAGGCACGAGGUGGCGCCGCCGUCGUCGAGGAAGGGGAAGGUCAGGAGCAAGGAGGAGGAGAAGAAGUGCGCGGUGGAGUCCGACGUCCGGUCGUUCAGAUACGGACCGAGCAACACCCCGACGACGACCCAGCUGGACUCCGAGCCCGUGUCGCCGCGAAACCUCAUGAGGUCGUUCUCGGCGCCGGUGUCCGGGACGACCUUCGUGAAGCUCCUCUCGGAGGAGCCGCGGGUGCUGACCGGAGCGAGGCUGCAGCGCAAGCAGGAAGGCCACGGGAGCAGCAGGCCAGCGUCGUCGGAGGAGAGGAAAGGGAGGAAGGACGCGUUCAGCAUCAGAGGCAAGGUGUCCAACCUGAGGCAGAACUUUGGGCUCAGAGCCAAGCUGUUCGGCAAGAAGUUCCACGCCUCCGACGAGCCGUUCCCCGACGACCUCCCGCCCAUCGGCACCCUCGUCACCGCACCAUCGGUCCUCAUACACCCCGGCGUCCUGCAGGAGAACUCCACCGAGGUACCACCGAGCCCGGCGUCAUGGUGCAGCAGCCCGCCUGACGAGAUGAGCAGGGGAGGCUACCCAAGCCCUGUCUCGCCAUUGGAGGCAUCCUUUAGCGAGCACCGGUCUCCCAUGAGGACGGAAGCCAAAGACAUGGCUUCAGCUGCUUCUGAACCAGGAGAACAAGCCCAUGCUGAAGAGGGGCGCGCCGAGACAAGUCCUGUCCUGGACGAGCAGGACGACGGCGACAUGGACGAUACAGAUCACCCCAUGAAGUCCUUCGUCAGAGCUGUUCUCGUCGUCGCCGGCAUGUACGGGCGGAGGCACAACCCUGGCAACGCCACCAUGUCAGAGUGCGAGGUCAAGCCUAUCCCCAAGUGGGUGCUGGAGGAAGUCGUGUCCCCGUCCUCAGCCCCGGCGGGCAGCGGCGCGGCAGCCGUCAUGGACCACCGGCUCCUCUUCGACCUCGUCAACGAGGCGCUGCCGGGAGCCGUCCGGGCCUCCACGACGCUGUGCGCGUUCGACAAGUGCCACGCCAUGGCGCCAAGGAGAGCCUCCGGUGGCAAGGCGCUGCUAGAGGCGCUGUGGAAGUCCAUGCAGGUGUGGAUAGAGCCGCCGAGCGACCGCAGGACGGCGAGCUCUGCCUCCGUGGACGUGCUGAUCGGCCGUGACCUGAGCGUGUCGGCGUGGCACGGCGCGUUCCGCGAGGACGCGGACGCGCUGGCUGGGGACGUGGAGGCGGAGCUGCUGGACGAGCUGCUCGAAGAGACGGUGUGGGACGUGCUCCUCAAUGUGGGGGACUCAUGAUCGGAUCGUAUGCCUCUUCUGACGAGUAUACUUGUACAUUUUGGGGUGCCUUUUUUUCUGCCUCUUUUGGGUGCUUGCCGGGUUUGUGAACGGUGUUGCAUUGGCGAGUGAGAUAUGUAACUAUGCUUGCGUGUGGAAGAAUGCUGAAUUUACACUGAGAAAUGCUUAAAGAAGAGAGAGAAAAAGAUGAAUAAUAAAAGGAACAGCUGUCGUCAUGUCA